AGGAAAAAAGGCCAAUGUGGUAAAUUAGGCUUUUAAGAUUUGAAAGAAGAACCCAAGGACACGAGGCUAGUGUCAGAUCUCGAGAUUUGAAUCGGUGUUGAAGCCGUCGCCGGAAUUGGUGGAGAAGGAAAAUGGCGGCGAAGCAAAUGGAAGAGAUACAGAAGAAGCUAGGGCUGCUUAGUUACCCUAGGGCAAAUGCUCCAGCUCAGUCUCUCCUCUUCGCCGGGAUGGAACGUUAUGCUCUUCUCGAAUGGCUCUUUUUCAAGUUAUUAGGUGAUAAAUCACCUUUCUCACAGCAAAAUCUUCAAGGAGAUGCUGGAGUUCGUGAUGAAGAAACUGUUCGUAUUCAAUAUUUGGCAGAGAUCGCAAAGUUUUUGGGGUUUACACCAACUGUAGACAUAGAAGCCAUUCAAGGGCAUGGAACCUAUGAAGAUCGGAUGGAAAUGCUUCGCAAUAUUGUUGAAUUAGUGGAGGCAAGCCUCUUCUCAGAUAAUCAAGAAUGGAGUAUUGAUGAGCAAGUUGCCAAAGAUAUCCAGCUCAUAGAUGCUAUUGCAGAGAGACAGUCUCUUAUAUUUUCUGAGGAAUGCAAACUGUUCCCCGCUGAUGUGCAGAUCCAGUCGAUAUAUCCAUUACCAGAUGUUUCAGAACUGGAGACAAAACUUUCAGAACAGGCCAAGAUUCUCUCUAAUCUUCAACAGAAAGUCGAUGACUUGGCAGCAAAGCAUGCUUACAACCCAGAUGAAGAAUAUACUGAAGUGGAAUCUCAACUAAGGGCUCGUUUAGAAUCGUUUCUUGAAACUGCUAGGGCAUUCAAUACAAUCUACACUAAGGAAAUUCGUCCAUGGACGCAUAUGAUGGAAGUGCCUCAGCUUCAUGGUUUUGGUCCUGCUGCAAAUCGUUUACUAGAAGCAUAUAAUAUGCUUUUAAAGUUCCUAGGUAACUUGAAGAACCUAAGAGACUCACAUGCAGCACUUUCAAUUGGAUCAUCGGGGACAGUUGCUGGAGAGCCUUCUUCUGUAACCAGAAUCGUAUCUGACUGUGAAGCUGCAUUAACUGUUCUCAAUCGAGAUCUUGGAAUCCUCUCGGCUUCUAUUGCUCGUGAGCAAGGUGAGCGUCUAUAACCGUCUCGAGUUGACCACACUUGAAAAGGAGCUGCAUCAUUCAGUUCUACUCCAUGAAUGUGAUGACUUGUAUUUGGUAGAAAUCAUUUUAGGGGUGUAUUUUGAUCUCAAGGAUUGUAUAACUCUUUUCAGCACUUUUUGCUUCUGUUAUUUAACCAAAUCUAAUCUAAAGGUAAAAAAAUUCUCAUUGUUUUUUCA